AUGUUUCCUAAGAAACCAACUGAUCAAUGUACUACACAGCCACAUAGCUUCGAUGAGGCUCGAUGGGUUAUCAACGUCCAAAAAUCUCUGGACGCAGAGCUCGAAGAACACCCUCUCGAUUCAGUCACAGUCAGCAGCAUUUUCACCGUCCCUAAAGCAUUAAUGUGUAGUAGCCAUCGAGACUCAUACACACCUCAACGAGUCUCUAUCGGACCUUACCACUGUCUAAAACCAGAGCUUCACGAAACAGAGAGGUAUAAACUAAUGAUCGCGCGAAAAUCUCGAAACCGAUCCAAAUCUUUCAUGUUUCAUGAUCUUGUUGAGAAGUUACAACCCCUGGAGGUCAAGAUCCGAGCUUGCUAUCAUAAGUAUAUCAGUCUAAACGACGAGACUCUGUUGUGGAUAAUGGCUAUAGACUCUUCGUUCUUGAUAGAGUUUCUUAAGAUUUACAGUUUCAGAAAGGUCGAUACUUUGAUAAACAGAGUUGAUCAUAACGAGAUUCUUAGAGAUGUAAUGAUGUUAGAGAACCAAAUCCCUUUAUUCGUUUUGAGGAUGACGCUCGAGUUUCAGCUUGAAUCGACUGAAUCAGCUGAUGAUCUGUUGGUCUCUGUUCUUAAAGGAUUAUGCAAAGAUCUCUCUCCCCUCGUGAUCAAAUUCGAAGAUGAUGCGAUUCUGAAGGCUAACUUUCAUGAGUACAAUCACAUAUUAGAUUUCUUGUAUCAAAUGAUCGUUCCAAGAAUCGAAGAAGAAGAAGAAGAGCUUUAUGAAGAAAACAGAGGCGAAAACAGAGCAUAUAAGCUUCUAAGAGAGAUCAAGCUUCGAUUCAAAAGGGUCUUCGCAUCAAGACCUGCUGAUAUCAUCUUGAGAUUACCAUGGAGAGUCAUGUCAAAUCUCCCAGGUUUCAUCGCUCUAAAUUAUCUCUUCACCAGACAAGAAAACGAAGGAACAACAACGAGACAAGAACCAUCAUCAUCAUCUGUCUCAGUUUCCGACAUCGAAAAGCCUCCUCUAGUCGAAGAGCUCACAAUCCCAUCAGUCUCUCAACUCCACAAAGCAGGAGUUAAGUUCAAACCAACACCAAACGGUAACGUUUCAACGGUAGCAUUCGAUUCAAACUCAGGUCAUUUCCACCUCCCUGUAAUAAACCUAGACAUCAACACGGAGACCGUUCUUCGAAACCUCGUUGCUUACGAAGCUUCAAACACUUCAGGACCAUUAGUGUUCACUCGCUACACAGAGCUAAUAAACGGAAUCAUAGACUCGGAAGAAGACGUUAGGUUGCUUAGAGAGCAAGGCGUUCUCUUGAGCCGUCUCAAGAGUGAUGAAGAAGCUGCGGAGAUGUGGAAUGGUAUGAGCAAAUCAGUUAGGUUGACCAAAGUUGGGUUCUUGGAUAAGACUAUUGAGGAUGUUAACCGGUAUUAUACCGGACGGUGGAAGGUUAAGAUUGGGAGAUUUGUUGAGGUUUAUGUUUAUGGAUCGUGGAAGAUUUUUGCGUUUUUAGGGGCGGUUUUGUUGCUGAUGCUGGUUUCUUUGCAAGUGCUCUCGUUGGUAUUUAGCUCCUUGAGGUUGCUUGGAUUGAGAACCGGUUAG